AAAGCAUAGUCGUACUGAAACACAGACUCAAUCUUUUAGGGUUGUCGUCUCCUAGCGGUGACCGACCUCAAGAGAAGAGAAGACGAGAGAUCCCUCCUCCACUAAUUCUUCUCUCUUCCGAAUCGAUUCGUAUUCUCUGCGUCAGGAAUCGAACUCCUUGGUUUCCAGUUUUCGAUUUCAUAUCUUUUCGAGAAACGCACGAUGGGAAGAGGCAAGUUCAAAGGGAAACCCACAGGCCAACGCCGAUUCUCAAGUGCAGCUGAGAUACUUGCUGGCACUUCUGCUGCACGUCCUCGUUCAUUCAAGCAGAAAGAAGCGGAGUACGAAGAAGAUGUGGAAGAGGAGGAGUCUGAGGAGGAAUCCGAAGAUGAAUCUGGUGUGAAGAAGAAAGGACAUGAAGCUCUGAUCGAAGUUGAUAACCCUAACAGAGCAAAACCAAAGACUUUGAAAGCAAGAGACCUUGAUGCAAGUAAAACCACUGAACUCUCGAGGCGUGAAAGGGAGGAGCUUGAGAAGCAACGAGCUCAUGAGCGAUACAUGAGAUUGCAGGAGCAAGGCAAAACCGAACAAGCAAGAAAGGAUUUUGAUCGUCUGGCUCUGAUACGCCAACAGAGAGAAGGCGCCGCCAAGAUGCGAGAAGAGGAAAAAGCAGCCAGAGACGCGAAAAAAGUCGAUUCUCGCAAAUGAGACAAGUGUCACCCUCAGACAAAAAAAGAACUGCCUACUAUAGUACUUGAAAGAAGAAGAGACUCCUCGGAUGGCCGUCUUUACUUUGUUCAUUCAGAAAAAAAUGUCUAUUUACUCAGUAUUGUGUGAAUCUUUAUACAUUUGAAAGUUAUUACUUAUUAGCAAUC